GCUCCGCCAGAGGGUUUUCUGUCCGUGAUCCCGACCGGGGCGAACAGAGAAGGAGGAGGAGGAAAGGGAGAGAGAGAGAAGGUGGUGGUGGUGUGGAAGAUGUUCGCCUCGGUGGGCCCUCGGGGCGGCUCGCGCCCACCCGUGGCCCCGGCCAUCCCGGAGCCGGACCUGAGCCAUCUGACGGAGGAGGAGAGGAAGAUCAUCAUGGCUGUGCUGGCUCGGCAGCGGGAGGAGGAGGCGAAGGAGGAGGCCAUGCUAAAAGAAGAAAACCGAUACAAGCAAGAACGGUGAACCUGGUUGGGCAGAAGAAGCCUCAACAGCAAAAUGAUGUCCGAGGCAUACAGCAGCAGUUGUCCAGCUACAGAGAGACGGUAAUAAGGCAGGCUACGGCGGCGGCGGGCUCAGCCGUUCACCGAGAUGAUGCGCCCACCUGCGGAAUCUGCCACAAAACAAAGUUUGCAGAUGGAUGUGGGAAUCUGUGCUCAUACUGCCAGAUCAAAUUCUGUGCCCGUUGUGGGGGGCGAGUCUCCCUGCGAUCCAACACGGAGGACAAAGUGGUGAUCUGGGUGUGUAAUAACUGCCGGAAGCAGCAGGAAAUCCUCACCAAACCAGGCGACUGGUUCACAGGUCCAACUGGGAAACCUGCUGGUCUCGGUUCAGCUAUUAGCGAGCCAUCUGUUUGCCAAACGCCUGGUGAUAAGAAGUUACGUUCUCGCUCCCAAGCCCCUUCAGGAACGACAACUGCAAACCAAGACCUCAACCGGACUGGUGUACCCGGGACCCUACCUGUCAGUGACAUUCGGUCACGCAGCGAACCACCACGAGACGAGAGAAAUGGAAGAAGAGGCGGAACAACGGGUCAGGGAGAGCAUCAUCCAGCCCACCCAAGACUGCACACCCAGGGCUCCAUGGACCGGAACCUCCGAGGGGAGUCCAGGGAGCGCAGGGAAAGCCGGAGGCUGAUGAAGGGACGCUCUCUGGAGCAUGAUCCUGUUGGAGGAGGAAGCGGAGGUAACCACCACAUGGACCACAGUGGUGCCCACCUUCGCCAAGCAGGGCCGGUCCCUCCUGGAGGUCGGGGCCACCCUGUGGCUGGGCAAGGUCAUGGUGUUGUUGUAGCAGGAGAGGUUAGAGAUGCUGUCUUAGGCCAGGGUGUUCGGCCUGGACAGAGGACGGUGGGUGGGAUCACUGGGCUGCAUGAGGAAGCCCCUGCCCCUGAACUUCGAGAACCUGCUGAUUUGGGCCCAGGCUCAAACACUGGCCAGGCACCUGUAGUGAGACGGACCAAAAGGGAGAAGGCUGACAGUAUGUUGCGCAAUGAUUCGCUGAGCUCUGACCAAUCGGAGACACUGCGACCACCACCACCAAGGCCGUACAAGUCAAAGCGAGGCCUGGGGGCUGGCGGGAAGAGGCAAACCAGCGUCAGCAGUUCAGAGGAGGAUGGUGGGACCACGCCAGAGUACAGCAGCUGUGACGAUGCAGAGAUUGAAAGUGUCAGUGAAAGAGGCGACUGGGAGUGCUAUCCACAUGACCCCACUGUAUGGCAUCAUCCUGUGACCUGGCAGCCAUCCAAGGAGGGAGAUCAUCUGAUUGGACGAAUUACCCUGAGCAAGAGGAGCGCAGCCAUGCCGAAAGAAGCUGGAGCUUUGCUGGGGUUAAAGGUGGUCGGAGGCCGAGUGACAGAAUCAGGGAGAUUAGGUGCCUUCAUCACCAAAGUCAAGAAGGGAAGCCUGGCAGACGUGGUGGGCCAUCUGAGAGCAGGGGAUGAGGUUCUACAAUGGAAUGGAAAGCUGUUACCAGGGGCGACAAUGAAAGAAGUUUACAACAUCAUCCUGGAGUCUCAGUCUGAGCCUCAAGUGGAGCUGGUGGUUUCCAGGCCUAUUGGGGUGUAUAGAAAAUAUCAUGAUAUCCCAAGAAUCCCAGACACAUCCCACCCUCCAUUAGAAUCUACAGGUUCCAGUUCAUUCGAGUCUCAGAAGAUGGAGAGACCAUCCUUAAAUGUGCUGUCUCCCUCCAGUCCUGGGACGCUCCAAGAUUCCCCACAACUAAUGCCUGGACAGCUCUCAGUGAAGCUGUGGUAUGACAAAGCAGGUCACCAGUUAAUAGUCAACGUGCUGCAAGCUGUAGAUCUUCCCCUUAGGCCUGAUGGACGGCCCAGAAGCCCCUACGUUAAAAUGUACUUCCUCCCUGACCGCAGUGACAAGAGCAAACGAAGGACAAAGACAGUGAAGAAGACCUGUGAGCCAAAGUGGAACCAGACAUUCGUCUACACUCAUGUCCAUCGCAGGGAUUUCCGCAACCACAUGCUGGAGCUGACUGUGUGGGACCAGCCUCGGUCAUCAGAGGAGGACAGCACAUUUUUGGGAGAGAACCUGAUAGAGUUGGAGACAGCUUUACUGGAUGACAAGCCUCACUGGUAUCCACUCCAAACCCAUGAUGUCUUGUCCAUACCACUGCCCCAACCCUCCCCGUAUCUGCCCCGAAAACACACACAGACAGACACGCCUGGCAAGAAGCUACAGCGAUCUCAGCGUGUAACAGAGGCUGAGUUUGAUGAGGGUACAGCAGUAGUGUCUGAAGCAGAGGGGUGUGGCAGGGAGAGGCAGCGUCAGUCUGGGGCGACCCUCGAGGUGCCCGAACCACAGAGAACACCCACUCGUCACAUACGUUCCCGUUCAGUCUCCCCGCACCGAGAAGAGCAGGGGCGCACGCGAUCAAGGCCAGCCAACGUCCCCGCACAGAGGAGUUUGGAUGAUGAGCUCACUCACGCCCGUCGUUCUCGUUCCCCAACCCCUUACCAUGGCGCUGGCAGAGGCCGCCACCAGGAGGAGUACCUGGACACCAGUGAUGUCAUCAUGAUCCACCAGUCAAUGCGGGGCAAAAGCGCUGAAUGCCUCCACAUCAGUGAUCUUCAGCCUUCUCUGGACAGGGUUAGGAGUGCUAGCGCCCACUGUCUGACUCCAGACAUUCAUGCCCCCUCAACAGAGUCUGAAAGAAAAUCUUUGCACCAAUCCCUGCCCCGGAGACGGCCGCCAAGUCCCAGGAUUCUUAUCCAACACGCUUCCCCUGAAGAUGACAGAAUAUGGAUGGUUCUUCCUACACAAGAGACUUUAAUUCACCUCAGUACAAAGACGAGACACCCUCGGAUCCUGAAGACGCCUGAACGUCACACUGUUGGCAGGAAGCUCGCUAACAGUGGCAGGGGCCAUCUCCAAGGUGGUGUGUCUCUUUCCUCCUCAGUGACGUCGUCAUCAGCCCGCAGAGUCCGACAGCUCCCGCAGCUUCCCCCCAAGAGAAACACCGUAGAACAAGCCCUGGUAGCAGAGGAACGUGUUCGUCAGCUCCAAAUGAGGGUUCAUUCCAACCGGGUAUCAGCUAUCACCACCUCCAGUCAACAAGAACUGGACAGACCCCUCAAGAACAAACGGGAGCUCUACAAGGACCAGAGGCGGAGCACUGAGAAUGUUUCCCAUAAGUCCUCAGACAGUGAUGUCAGCGACGUGUCAGCCAUCUCUCGAACCAGCAGUGCCUCUCGCAUAAGUAGCACCAGCUACAUGUCCAUCCAGUCAGAAAGACCUCGAGGACGCUUCAGCCGAGCCGUGCGCGCAACGGGCCGUCACAUACUGAAGAGCACCAGUGUGAGCGGUGAGAUCUACACCAUGGAGCAUGCCGAUGGCAGCCAAUCAGACACGGCACUCGGGAGCCUAGGAAGUGGGAUAAAGAAGCGGCGCUCGAGUCUCAGCCAACGUGUUGUUGCCAUCCUGCCAUCUCGACGCAGCCGGAGUACCUCCCAACUCAGCCAGACAGAGGCAGCUGGUAAGGCGGCGGAGAGACAGAAAGAAACACCAGCAGGUAAGAAGGUGGGUAAGGGUGGCGGCAGCACCAUCCAGAGGAGUGUGGAGACUGGUAUGGCCGUGGAAUACCCACGAGGAGGGACAGCAAUGAACCGGCAGGCCAGCAGAGAGUUGACUGAUGGCAGCAUGAACAGUUACAGCUCUGAGGGGAAUCUGAUCUUCUCAGGAAUGCGGUUGAGUGCCGACAGUCAGUUCCGUGACUUCUUGGAUGGUUUAGGUCCCGGUCAGUUGGUGGGCAGGCAAACAUUGGCGACACCUGCCAUGGGUGAUGUCCAGAUUGGUUUGAUGGAUAAGAAAGGCCAGCUAGAGGUGGAGGUGAUCAGGGCAAGAAGCCUUAUCCCCAAACCUGGCUCCAAAUCACUCCCAGCUCCCUAUGUGAAGGUGUACUUGCUGGACAAUGGAACAUGUAAAGCCAAAAAGAAAACCAAGAUUGCACGAAAGACCCUGGAGCCACUUUACCAGCAGCACUUGCUCUUUGAUGAGAGUCCACAGGGGAAGGUGCUUCAGGUCAUAGUAUGGGGCGACUACGGACGACUGGACCAUAAAUGUUUCAUGGGUGUAGCACAGAUCCUGUUGGAGGAGCUGGACCUCUCAAGUACAGUGAUUGGCUGGUACAAACUGUUUCCGCCAUCCUCUUUAGUGGACCCUACAUUAGCUCCGCUCACGCGGUUAGCAUCUCAAACAUCAUUGGACAGCUCAGGACCGCCACCGGGCAUUCGGUCCUAGUGACCGGAUGGCAACCACAACCCCCCCCAA